ACUUUAUUCCUUACUAUUUUUCUUUGUUUCUUUGUUUUGUUUUUCUUUUUAAUUUGCUUUCGUAAUGUCUUCUGGAAGUUGGUAUUUUCAGAAGCAGGAGGAAGGGACUGCGGAGUCGACACUCGUGAAGGUGAAGGUGAAGGUGAAGGUGAAGGUGAAGGUGAAGGUGAAGGUGAAGGUGAAGAACCCGUAUACAGACGUUGAUGACUAUAUUGCAACCUACGAACCGCUCAUCUUUGAAGAAGCCAAAUCCCAGAUCAUUAAGGAGAAAGAGGAAGAAGAGGGCUGGUCUAUCAUCAAAAGCCUUUGUCCUGAUACAGGGACUGGGAAGACUCAGACCAUACUUGGGAUUCUAAGUACCAUUUUGCAUGCAACUCCUACAAGAGUGCAUUCUAAGACCUAUAAGCUAAGGCAAGGACCACAAUUACCUACUGAGGAGAACUGAUUUUAUGAAUGCAGGUCCAUAGCAGAGUACCCUUCCAAACUGAUAAAGUUGAUUUUAACCUCUAUAGUAUCUCUUGCAUGUUGGCUCGCUCUUUUACCCUUUUUUGUAGAAUUCAAGAAUAAUUUAGUUUGGUUAGAUGAUGUUCAAUAAGAGCCUUGUAAUAUUUGGUUUCAAAGUACAUAUCUUGCAAAAUUACCUUGAUUUUAUUAUUUCUUUUAUAUAUACAUACCAAGCUUGUGUUGCCUAUUUUUGUAACCUUUAUAUAUACAUCAAUCAAAAGCACAACCGUUUAUGUUGAAUACACUGAUAUUUCUCCAUCUUAUUUAUUCAAUUGUUAGCAGAAUGCAGUUUUC